AUGGACCCCGCGACACAGGCUCGGCAAGCAAAUAACCUCCAGGACGAAGGCAUUCGCGCGUCUGAUCACCCGUCCUCGCCGCGGAUCGCGCACACUCUAACGGCUUGCUGUAGAUGCAGAAAACGGAAGACGAGGUGUGAUCCAGGACUGCCGCGAUGCGGUCCAUGCGAGCGAUCGAACUCCCACUGCGAGUACUAUGACCCCGCCAAAGACACGAAGAUCCCUAGAAACUAUGUCGUUCACCUACAGCAGAAAGUACGGAACCUGGAAGAGCAAUUGGCGCGGCUUGAGAAUGAUGAGCUGGAUCCAGACCCGGAAGAUGUCAUGCGGGAUGCUGCUGCCGUGAAGGUGCAGGACAGCAAUGAGUCGAAAUACUUAGGACCAUCCAGCGGCAUAGCGAUCACACGGCUUGUUAUGCAGCUCGCUAAGGAGUUCACGGACUCGAAGAGUAUAUCGGAUAUUGUGCCGGACGCAAGCGCGCAGUCAAUCAAAGCACGCUUUGCUCAGGAAGACACCAAGCCGACAUCGAAAGUCUAUCCGAUGGUGAGCGACGUUGCGGCAGAAGAACUGCCGAAUAGAGAGUUGACAGGCCAACUGGUUAAACUAUUCUAUAUGAAAGUGCAUCCCAUGUAUCCGAUCUUCCACGAGCCCAGCUUUGAUCAAGAUGUGGAGGAUGUCUUCAGCGGUUCGGAAGAUCCCGCGAAGAACUUCUGCCUCAGGAUGGUCAUCGCCAUUAGCCUGCAGAAAAUGGACACGCAAUAUGCUGGUCUGGCCGACGCCUACUACUUGGCGGCAUUGAAAUAUUUCGAGCGCGCCGUAAAGCCGAUGGACCUAAGGACACUGCAAUGCUUUGCUCUUAUUGCUGGAUAUUCUCUCCUGACCCCGACUCGUACCGCAGUAUACUACAUCGUUGGUCUUGCUGUGCGGCUGACUCAAGCACUCGGUUUUAACGAAGAAAAAACGAUAAUCCUGGGCAGAAAUGGCCAGCGAGCCAACCCUCUUGAGGUAGAUAUGAGGCGGCGUGUGUUCUGGAUCAUCCUGGUCAUGGAAUACGGGCUGUCCCACAGCCUCGGCCGGCCGAGCAACUUCGCAACCGCACUGGACCACUUUGAUGUGGGUUUCUUCGAGAUCGUUGAAGACCAGUACAUCACCCCCGAUGGUAUACUGCCUGCACCGCAAGCUUCGAUGAAGAAAUGGAUCUCGCAGCACUUCUUCAAGAUGAGACUGCUCCAGCUGGAGAUUCGGAGAAAGUUGUAUCAAAGGAAACGGUCCGAGCCAAGGAACGACCAGGAUCCUUGGUUUAAAGAUAUGGAAGCUAAGCUCAUUGCAUGGCGCGACACGAGCCCCCCCGAAGACGCUGGCUCUGGUUUAAACCAGGCUUGGUUCGUCGGCAGAUACAACACCAUGGUCGUUUUCCUCUUCAGACCAUCACCACAAGUACCCAGACCAUCGCCUGCAGCGGCCGUGCGAUGCUACAAUGCUUGCCAGUUCAACAUACACAUGCAGCGGAAGCAGAUCGAAACCCGCAACGUCGACUUGACGUGGAUAUUCACCCAGUCUCUCUUCAUGGCCAUCAACACUAUGCUGUGGUCGCUCUCUUACGAAGACGUUCGACGUCAGCAUUCCCGCGACGACGUCAUGUAUCAUCUCGACGUCGCGCUAGAGGCCGUCGAGCUUGCGUCCGUAAGAUGGCCAGGUGUUGCAUCAGCGCUUGAGCUAUAUCGAAACUUGAUAGGUGCUUGUAUCAAAGUCUACGACAAGCACGGUGAUAUCCCCAUUACAGCAAACUCGCCAUCGGACAUGGCUUCGGUCACGGGACCAAAUCGCUCGCGGACGACUAGCCCAGUCACGGUUUCUUCGAUAUCCUUAGCAACCCCUCCAGAGAGGCCUCAACCACCUUUCGGCUUCAUCUCUCCGGAAAUUUAUGGCACCGCCGGCCAAUGUACCGGGAAUGUAUAUCAAACGUCUCCUUCGUCUGCGGCUACAUCUCCAUCUUACUCAUCCGCUCCCAUGGCCUCGGCACAAAUCGUACCUUCCUCACGUCCAAACAUCGAAGGCUCCAAGCCGAUGCAAUAUCACAACAUCCUGAAUUAUGACCCCAACUCUGCUCUUAACCCAUUGCCGGCUACUUUCUCUGAGCUACCGUCUUGGAAUCCGAGUUUCACGUUUUCGCAAGGCCAGGACACCUACAACAUCCCCGCCCAGAUGCAGACACAAAGCCCCGGAUACGCCGACCUAAAUGGCUAUUUCACUCUAAAUCCUUACGCGGCACCCUACCAGGACCUUUACGGGCUCCCUUCUUGGACCCAGGAACGCGCCGGCAAUGGACUCACUCAGGCCGAACAGAUGGAGCUUAUGCGCAGUCUUGAGACCGAGGGUACUGGUCAGAUUGAUACCAUGAUCCAAGAGAGCUAUGCUGUGCUCAGUCCACGGGCAGGCGCCUACUGA